AAUCUGGGGUGUAAUGCUGUCAUUCAUCACGCGCCUCGUAAAAACGACACUGAAGACUCUUGGCCAACAAAUCACCGGAAAAAAUUAUGAGUUCUUCUUAUUAUGUGAAUGGACUUUUUAGCAAGUGUGCGACGGGCGGUUCUGCCUUCCAGAGCGCCGCGGACAGGGCGCAGUGCGCCGAAAGGGACGCGCACAGACCGGGACCUGCAGCCUUCCACUCGCCUCUGUCUGGACUUUACAGCGUCAAUAAUGUCGCCUACCCGAGUCAUUCUGUCUUCAGCCCCGGGUACCGAGCAGGCGCCGACGGCUGCAAUCUGCCCUGCGGCUCUUUCGACCAGAACCUCCUCUGCAGCGCCCUGCCCAGGGGCGCCUCCGGUACCGCGGGGGGCGGCGACCUGAGCGCGUCCGAAGAGCACCUCCGUAUGUACCCGUGGAUGCGUUCCUCAGACCCGGAGCGGAAGAGAGGCCGCCAGACGUAUUCCCGGUACCAGACGCUGGAGCUGGAGAAGGAGUUCCACUUCAACCGGUACCUGACCCGCCGCAGGCGCAUCGAGAUCGCCCACGCGCUGUGUCUGACCGAGCGACAGAUCAAGAUCUGGUUUCAGAACCGGAGGAUGAAAUGGAAGAAGGACCACAAGACCGACGGUCCCGGUUCCCAACCCGAUCCCGGUCCCGGUUCCGGCGUCACGGUCGCUGCGGAGGGGAAGGAGAUGGACACAGAGUUAAACACUCAGACAGACAGCAGCGUCAAUGCGCCCGCCGUCAAAUAAGAUAUUAUCAUCCAUGUAAAGCUGCAUAAUUUGAGUACUGGACCUUUACUUACUUAAAUAUGGAUCGGUUUAGCUACAGUUGUUCAGGCGAAUGCAGUGUAAGCGCUGCUGAGUGAAUAUCUGCCCAGUCGUGUGAGCCUUUAGAAGCUCAUUUGAAACUCCCUUGACUGUACGUGCCGUCAUUAUUAAGCUACCUAUUUAUAUUUUUAAUUUAUAUAUUUUAAAUAAAACAAUUAAAAACAUAAAACUACCAUACAUAUUGUGUUACCGGACGUUCCUGUAAGGAAAAAGCAAAACGAACUACCUAACGCAGGAUUCGCUGUCAGCUGUGCGAUGUUUCUUAUCACGCGCACACAACACUGGGAUUAGUUUUUUAGUGGAGAUCAAACCCGAUUCGGAGUAGGGUAAAAAUAAUAAAAACAUAAAUUAAAACUGCCGAACACUACCUUGAAUUAUGUGCUACCAGUUGGGGCCAAACUAACUAUGUCUUUUAGUGGCUGUCUGUUUUUUUGUAAAGCGUCUAAAUCGUGUAGGCUAAAUGCUCAGCAUGUAAAUUACUGCAAAUAAUUUAAUAAAAAGUCGCUUUUCUGGCGUACACGCAUGCGUAUAUACACCAAAAUGUGUCAUGUGCAAGAAUAGGCCUACCUCACAUAAUUUAGUUUAAAAAAAAAAGUUUAAAAAAAUAACCUUCAGUAAGACAUGGGCAAAUGUUGGUGUAUUUUACGAUGUGCACUGUAAGCUUGUUGUAUGUGUUAUGAAGUUUCUGAAUAUAUAUGGUGUAUGUUCCGGAAGUGUGUGUGCUGUAAGGGCGAUUCCCUUACCAUCAACUCUGUCUGUAAAAACAGUCCAGUUCAAUCAAUCCGACAGUUUAUAUGGUAUUAUACGAUAUUUUGUAACACAAGUGAACGAAUAAAUACAUCCGAGCCGUUAUA